CGCGCGGCUCCGGGCGCGGCGCCUGCACCAUGAACUACCAGCAGCAGCUGGCCAACUCGGCUGCCAUCCGGGCCGAGAUCCAGCGCUUCGAGUCCGUGCACCCCAACAUCUACUCCAUCUACGAGCUGCUGGAGCGCGUGGAGGAGCCGGUGCUGCAGAACCAGAUCCGGGAGCACGUGAUCGCCAUCGAAGAUGCCUUCGUGAACAGCCAGGAGUGGACGCUAAGCCGAUCAGUGCCGGAGCUGAAAGUGGGAAUUGUGGGUAACUUGGCCAGCGGCAAGUCCGCCCUGGUGCACCGGUACCUGACGGGCACGUAUGUGCAGGAGGAGUCCCCCGAAGGUGGCAGGUUCAAGAAAGAGAUUGUGGUGGACGGCCAGAGCUAUCUGCUGCUGAUUCGUGAUGAAGGGGGCCCCCCGGAGGCGCAGUUUGCCAUGUGGGUGGACGCGGUCAUAUUCGUCUUCAGCUUGGAGGAUGAGAUCAGUUUCCAAACCGUUUACCACUACUACAGCCGGAUGGCCAACUAUCGCAGCACAGGCGAAGUCCCUCUGGUGCUGGUGGGAACCCAGGACGCCAUCAGCUCUAGCAACCCACGGGUGAUCGACGACGCGCGUGCUCGGAAGCUGUCCAACGACCUGAAGCGCUGCACGUACUACGAGACGUGUGCCACGUACGGGCUCAACGUGGAGAGGGUCUUUCAGGACGUUGCCCAGAAGAUUGUAGCCACGAGGAAGAAGCAGCAGCUGUCCAUCGGCCCCUGCAAGUCCCUCCCCAACUCUCCCAGCCACUCCUCCGUGUGCUCCGCACAGGUGUCGGCCGUGCACAUAAGCCAGACAAGUAACGGCGGUGGGAGUUUAAGCGACUACUCCUCCUCGGUUCCGUCGACGCCAAGCACCAGCCAGAAGGAGCUUCGGAUCGACGUGCCCCCCACGGCCAACACGCCCACGCCCGUCCGGAAGCAGUCCAAGCGCCGCUCCAACCUGUUCACCUCUCGGAAAGGGAGCGACCCAGACAAAGAGAAGAAGGGGCUGGAGAGCCGUGCGGACAGCAUCGGGAGCGGGCGAGCCAUCCCAAUUAAACAGGGCAUGCUCCUGAAGCGGAGCGGCAAGUCUCUGAACAAGGAGUGGAAGAAGAAGUAUGUGACCCUGUGUGACAACGGCGUGCUGACCUACCACCCGAGCCUGCAUGAUUACAUGCAGAACGUCCACGGCAAAGAGAUCGACCUCCUGAGGACCACUGUGAAAGUCCCCGGCAAGAGGCCGCCCCGCGCCACGUCGGCCUGCGCGCCCAUCUCCAGCCCCAAAACCAACGGCCUGUCCAAGGACAUGAGCAGUUUACACAUCUCACCCAAUUCAGGGAAUGUCUCUAGUGCGCCGGGGUCUCAGCUGGCGAGCGGCAUCAGCCUGGUCUCCUUCAACAGCCGGCCCGACGGCAUGCACCAGCGCUCCUACUCCGUCUCCAGUGCCGACCAGUGGAGCGAGGCUACGGUCAUUGCCAACUCGGCCAUCAGCAGUGACACGGGGCUGGGAGACUCCGUGUGCUCCAGCCCAAGUAUCUCCAGCACCACCAGCCCCAAGCUCGACCCGCCCCCCUCCCCCCACGCCAACAGAAAGAAGCACCGGAGGAAGAAAAGUACCAGCAACUUCAAGGCCGACGGCCUGUCCGGCACCGCGGAAGAGCAAGAAGAGAACUUCGAGUUCAUCAUCGUGUCGCUCACGGGGCAGACGUGGCACUUUGAGGCCACCACGUACGAAGAGCGGGAUGCGUGGGUCCAAGCCAUCGAGAGCCAGAUCCUAGCUAGCCUCCAGUCCUGCGAGAGCAGCAGGAAUAAGUCCCGACUCACCAGCCAGAGCGAAGCCAUGGCCCUGCAGUCGAUCCGGAACAUCCGCGGGAACUCCCACUGUGUGGACUGCGACACCCAGAAUCCCAACUGGGCCAGUCUGAACUUGGGAGCCCUCAUGUGCAUCGAGUGCUCAGGGAUCCACCGGAAUCUGGGCACCCACCUCUCUCGAGUCCGCUCCCUGGACCUGGACGACUGGCCGGUGGAGCUCAUCAAGGUGAUGUCGGCCAUCGGGAACGAGCUGGCCAACAGCGUCUGGGAGGAGAGCUGCCAGGGGCGGGCAAAACCCUCGCUGGACUCCACCAGGGAGGAGAAGGAGCGGUGGAUCCGGGCCAAGUAUGAGCAGAAGCUGUUCCUGGCCCCGCUGCCCUGCUCGGAGCUGUCCCUGGGCCAGCACCUGCUGCGGGCCACCGCCGACGAGGACCUGCGGACUGUCAUCCUGCUGCUGGCGCACGGCUCCCGGGACGAGGUGAACGAGACCUGCGGGGAGGGAGACGGCCGCACGGCGCUGCACCUGGCCUGCCGCAAGGGGAGCGUGGUCCUGGCGCAGCUCCUGAUCUGGUACGGCGUGGACGUGAUGGCCCGAGACGCACACGGGAACACGGCGCUGGCCUACGCCCGGCAGGCCCCCAGCCAGGAGUGCGUGGACGUCCUGCUGCAGUACGGCUGCCCGGACGAGCGCUUCGUGCUCAUGGCCACGCCCAACCUGUCCAGGAAGAGCAACCGCAGCAACAGUGGCGGGAGGGCGCCCGCCGUCAUCUGAGCGGCGGCGUGAGUCCCGCCCGGCCCCUCCCUCCUCCCGCGCCCACAGUCUGCAACCCGGACCCCUGCAGGGGCCCAGAGGGGACAGGAGGCCGCAGCAGCAGCUCCCUUCGUGGACUCCCGCGACCAGGCCGGAGCCACCGCCGGGCGUCCGGCGCCAGGGGCGGGCAGGCGAGGAGCGAGGAGAAGGGGCAGCUCCCCUUAAAUGGCAGUUAAGCACAUCCGUACCUUUCACCUCGAUCGCGCCAACACUUGGUUGGAUCUCAUCUCUUCUCCGAGCAGCUUGACGGCAUAAAUCAGUAGCAAGCACAGAGUUUGUCAGGUCUGAAGCCCCUAUGAUGGUAUGUGUCAAAUCAGUUGUAGCUAAUCUGUCCAGGGAGAAUACUGGCUUCGUUACACUCGUAUAGUUGAGUUCUUCCAGCAUCACCGAUGUUUAAUAGAACAUGAUUAGUCAUCACGGAGAAGAAAGCAUAUUAGCCGAGGCGGCAGCGGCGCGGCACGCUCCGGUGAGUGCCUCGAUGUGAUUGCAAUACUCCUAGAAGCAUCAUAUUAUCCCAGACAUGUUCUUCCGAGCCCUUGGAGCCCUCCUUUCUAAAUCCACUGUCAUAAUUUAGUAUCUGUUUAAUUUUUCAGUCCAAAGAGAGGCAAUCAGUCGCUGAGUGUUAUUUGACUACAGUCUCCUUGGUGCAAAAGCAAAAAUGGGAAAAAAAAAAAAAAAGGAUAAAUAAAUAAAUAAAUAAAUAAGCAACUCAGAAAUCCAAAAGGAAGUCCCGAAUGCAGCUGGAAACCGGCUCCGGUGCAUCCAGUAAACUCAGUAAAUAUAGAAAAGGCUAUUUUUUUCCCCAAAAAGUAAGAGAUAUUUUCUGUCCUUUUACCAAGGUGGACAUGCUGGGCGGCGGUCCCCGCAGGGCCGCGCUGCCCGCGUCCCACAGGUUUCUGUAUUCCGUCUUUAGAUGAGAUGUGUGCGAAUCGGUCUGAAUAAACACAGUUCAUGAAUACGCACCUCUGCUAAUUUAUAAACUACAACUGGCUGAGCUAAGAGGGUCACAGGUCAUUGUUGAUGGGGAACGUUCCCAGCAGCCCACGCUGCCGUUAACGUGCUUUUAAAAGCAGCCUAUCUAAAUACCGCUGUGGUGGUCCAGUUUGCUUAUUAAAACCGAGAAGAGGGGGUGAAAAAUCAAAGACAUCGCAGUGUGGAAGCAGGGGCAAGAAGAGGUUUGGGACUGACACCCGAGGCCACUCUGCCAACAGAGCAGGGCAAGCCGGGGUGGCCAUGAGUGACGAUGAGGGUGCGUGCAGAGGUGGGUGGCACGGCCCGCGCCCAGGUUCUCGGCCGAUCAGCCAUCACCGUGGCGUCAGGCAGCCUCCGCACUGUAACACAUCCGGGAAAGCAAGGGGGCAGCUCUGCCUUAGACCCCCCCCCCCCCCGCUCGGGGGGGUGUGAGGGGCUGAGGGCUUGCACGCGGGGGACAGGGACGUGAUGCGGUGCAGGACGGCAGCCUCGGGCGCUGGGUUGAAGUUCCUUGCGCUCAUCUGGGAAACCUUAUUUUCUAAGAGUUUUUUUUUUUUCUCUUCUUUCACUGACAAAUAAAUAAAUAAAUGGGAGGAGGGCUACAAAAUAAAGCUUGGCAGAGAACUCGCACGCGAGGGAGGAAGCCUUUCAUGGACAUUUCUGUGGCACACGCCCCGUGCCUGGGAGCCUGCGCCCAGCUCUCCGCCCUGUGCUGCGCCUGCGUGGUUAAUUUCCCCGUGAACAGAGAGAAGACAGGCAUUGCCCACGCCCAGGCCGGCUCGGACCCGCCUGCACCGGCCCUGGCCCCGGCCCGGGGCCCCGGCCUCAGCACAGAGAGCCGAGAAGUGGAAUCCCUAAGUUAUCUCGGUGGAGUUAAUGCCCGGUAGCGGAAUGCGGUAUCAUAGUGGGCCUUCCCCUGAGGCUUGUCGUGGGCUGUACAUGAGUGUGUACAUAUUGUAUGUGUUUAUAAGAGAAUAUUUUCCCUGAGGACUCCUGGUUUCCUGCAGCCCCCUCCCCCACCCGCCUGGUCGGCCUGCUGCAGGAGGCAGCCCCCGCCCCGGGCGCCCGAUUGGGCAGCACAGAGAAAGGCGGUAGUGGGCUUCCAGGGCUUUCAGCAUCCAACCGGAAACCUGUGCUUUGUGGGCACCGCCCUCACUCCCGCUCUCCGGCUCAGGAACACCGCGGCCGGGGAGGGGCCGGGACAGAGACAGCCGGUGGGGGAACGGGGCUGCAGUGGCGGGCUCCUGGCCACAGUGAGGAGGACAGGAGAGGCCACCCCCCCGCCCCCGCAGAAUCCACAUGGCCGCCUCUGCUGAGUCCCCUUGAUGAGAAACACCUGCCGAGGAAGGUGACCCGGAUGCUGCCCCCCCACGCACACACACACACGCACACGCACACACACGCGGGCUUCCAGGCAGCACCGCCGUGGCGCCUGCUGGCUCCUGGGCUGGAUCCCUGCAAGGCCGAGAACACCCUGCAGGGGAAGGAUACUGUCGCCGUGGCCCAUGUGGACAGCAGGUGGCUCGCCACGCCCCGCACCCCCAUCCUGGCCCCUCCCCCCCACCGUGCCCCGUCAGUUCAGGAGAUGAGCAUCUCAAGGGUGAGCUGAUGACCAGGCCUCGAGUCUUUGGUCCCCAACACAGGGACAGAGUCACAUCUCCCAGCCAGGUGAGGGCAGCCCGGCGCUUGCUGAUCAGGGCGUAGCAAACACCGAAGGGAGAAGGCCCUCACUCAGCACUCCUGACUCUAAUCCCCAAGCCCGCGUGUCCAGUGCCGGCCUGGCAGGGCCUGGUGCAGAGGGCCGCUCCUUCUGCCAUGUUGCCUGGGAGGAGGGACAGUGGAUCCAUCCCCACCAGGGUGGACACUGGUGUCCCAGUGCUCUGACACCGGCCCACGUGGGGGCGUUCCUGUGUUGGCGUGGGGGUGACCAUCAGGGAGAGGGGUGACCCGAGGUCACCUGUGGGGUGUGGCCUGGGGCAGGAAUCCAGCCUCUCAGACGUUUUGUCUUCGUCUGGAUCUUGCAGGCGGCUGUGACGUUCAGUGCCAGCCUGCAUGGGGACCUGUGCCCCGGGAGCAGAAGCAUUUAUGAAGAGCAGAAAUGGUGAUAGGCCGGCAACCAGCGCACACGCCUGGCCGCCCGCCCCAGCUGACAUGGCGCCCUCACGCCAGCAGCCCAGGGAGGUGGAGAGGGCGUCAUGUGAGCCAGCCCCUCCCGGGUGAGCCUGGGAGCAGUGACUGGGGAGCCCUCCGCGUCUUCUGAGUUUGAGUUUGUUGUCCCAGGGGCACAGACGGGGCUGCGUUUUGCCCUCUCUGUGCCAUUUUUUGCUGGCCUGGCUCCAGGCCCCAGACAGCCAGCCUCCCUCUGGGCGCCUCCAUCGCACGGCCUGGGACGCACGCGUGCCUUGGUCCUCUCCUCCCAGCCCUUUUCCUCCCUCCGGCGCCUGCCGGAGGACCCUCAGGGCCAGCCAGGUGUGGCCCUUUGCCGUCGCUGUCCCCACACCGAGCUUGGGCGAGUGGACAGUGGGCACCCGCCUUCCCUGUCAAGCCCCCCGCCCCGACACCCACCCUGUCUGGUGCGUGAACUUGCUGAACUACCUUUCCCCAGCCUGAGCACAAGGUGAGAAUGAGGUUUGCGUUCCUG